AUGCAUUCGAUGGCGUUAGUGUUUGCAGUGUUGUUGUCUCUCGGUCUGGCGGUGAAUGGAGCCAAUAUACUAUGCCUGAUGGGAGUAGCCAGUCCCAGCCAUCACAUAUGGAACCGUGCGAUUAUGGAAGGUCUUGCCCGAAACGGACAUAACCUGACGAUACUAUCCGCGGACGUUGAAACCAACCAACCGAGCAACAUACACUACGUUCAUCUGGAGGAGAUCUACCCCACGCUUUACAACGGCCCAGACUCGAUAGAUCUGCUCGAAAUGGCGAACGAAAACCCUUUCAAAAGUGUCGUCUCGUUCUAUCGAGAUUUCGUGGUCCACGAGUGUGCCGGAACGCUAAAAUCAAAGGGUCUCCAAGCGGUUAUGGAUUACCCGGACGAGUUUCGGUUCGAUUUGGUGUUGCACGAUUUUACAUGUGGGCCGUGUUUGCUUGGACUUCUGCGAAAGUUCGGCUACCCACCUCUGGUCAGUGUGACUGCGUUCAACAAUCCGCCCUACUCGACGGAGAUAAUCGGUGGCCACAAGUUCUACUCGUACGUGCCGUUCUACUCGCUCAGCUAUGACUCUGACAUGAGCUUUUAUCAACGGGUGCACAACACUCUUUUAAGCCUAACGGAUAUGAUCUAUCGGAAUUAUGUGUCCAAUCCGCGAAUAGACUCGAUGAUGCGUGAGUAUUUCCGGUACGAAGACCUUCCGUAUGCGCCCGAGUUACACCAGCGUUCGAAGCUCAUGCUUGUGAAUAUCCACUAUUCGAUCGACUUCCCGGAGGCGUAUCCACCGAAUGCGAUUCCCGUUGGUGGACUGCAGAUACGCGAGCCGAAGCCUCUGCCAUCCGAGAUGGAGCUGUUUGUGAAUGGUAGCCGCAAGGGAGCAGUCCUGUUUUCGCUCGGUACAAAUGUUCGAAGUGAUCAGCUCGGCAGUGAAAGGCAACGCAUGAUCGUGGAAGCACUACGGCAACUUCCUGACUAUCAUUUCUUGUGGAAAUUCGAGACUAACCUUGACAUUCCACUGCCAAAGAACGUGAUCGUGCAGUCCUGGAUGCCUCAGAAUGAUAUUCUGGCGCAUCCGAAGACGAAAGCGUUUAUCACGCACGCCGGUCUGUUGAGCACACACGAAGCUACGUGGUACGGUGUGCCGAUGGUGGGCAUUCCAUUCAUCGCCGACCAGCACCGGAAUCUUGAACGUUGCGUUCGCUCGGGUGUGGCAAAGCGCGUGUCCUUUCAAUCGCUGACCACGAAUCAGCUGCGUGAUGCGAUCAGGGACGUACUGGAGGAUCCGAAGUAUCGCGCCAACAUGGCCGCCCAGUCGGCGUUGUUCCGUGAUCAACCUGAGAAGCCCCUGGCUCGAGCGGUCUGGUGGAUCGAAUGGGUUCUGCGCCAUCCGGAUGCGACGCAGCUCCAAUCGCCAACGUUGAAGUUGGGAUUUGUGAAGACGUACCUCAUCGAUGUAGUGUGCUUUUUUGUUGCUGUUCCCGUGUUGCUUGCGUUGGUAGUCCUACGAAGGCCUCCAAAGGUGCCUUUGUCAAAGAAACGAGACUAA